GUGAAGGUGUGCAACACUGUGAAGUGUCCUACAUACUUGAAACACUACAAUGGCAAGAUCGAAGGCUAUAGCAUCUCCUCCAUCCCGUCUUCUUCUUCUUCUUCUUCUCCUCUUCCUGUGCGGCUCCCAUGCAGCGCAGCAGCCGAUCCGAGCCGUGGUGGUUCUCAUCAUGGAGAACCGCUCCUUCGACCACAUGCUGGGGUGGAUGAAGUCGGCCCUCGGCUUGCCCAUCGACGGCCUCAGCGGCACCGAGUGCAACCGGCGGUCGGUCGCAGACCCCACCUCCCCCUCCAUCUGCGUCUCCGACGACGCCCGGUACGUCGACCCCGAUCCCGGUCACUCCUUCGUCGCCGUGCGGGAGCAGGUCUUCGGGUCGAGCAACAGCAGCGAAAGCACCGCCGUGCCUUCCAUGUCCGGCUUCGUCCAACAGGCCCUCUCCGUGUCCGAGGACCUCGCGGGCACCGUCAUGAAGGGGUUCAAGCCGGAGAACGUGCCGGUGUAUGCCGCCCUGGCCCAGGAGUUCGCGGUGUUCGACCGGUGGUUCUCGUCGUUACCGGGGCCGACGCAGCCCAACCGACUGUUCGUCUACUCCGCCACCUCCCACGGCGCGACGUGCCACGACAAGGUGCAGCUGGCCAAGGGGUACCCCCAGAAGACCAUCUUCGACUCCCUCCACGACGACGGGCUGGAUUUUGGCAUCUACUACGAGAGCGCGCCGGCGACGCUGUUCUACCGCAACCUGAGGAAGCUGAAGUACGUAUUCAAGUUCCACAAGUUCGGGACGUUCAAGGAUCACGCCCGAGACGGCAAGCUACGGAGCCUGAGCGUGCUCGAGCCGCGCUACUUCGACCUGCUCGGCAAGGCCGCCAACGACGACCACCCCUCGCACGACGUCGCCAACGGGCAGAAGAUGGUGAAGGAGGUGUACGAGGCGCUGCGGGCCAGCCCGCAGUGGAACGAGAGCCUGUUCAUCAUCACCUACGACGAGCACGGCGGCUUCUACGAUCACAUCGCCACGCCCACCGUCGGCGUUCCCAGCCCCGACGGCAUCGCCGGCCCUGCCCCCUACUUCUUCGGCUUCGAUCGGCUCGGCGUUCGUGUCCCCGCCAUCCUCAUCUCCCCCUGGAUCAAGAAAGGCACAGUCGUGAGCAGGCCGCAGGGACCGGCACCGACGUCCGAGUUCGAGCACUCUUCGAUCCCUGCAACCAUAAAGAAGCUAUUCAACCUCACCUCAGAUUUCCUUACCCAGAGAGAUGCUUGGGCUGGCACAUUCCAGAACAUCUUCAGCGAACUCACCUCACCAAGGACCGAUUGCCCUGAGGUGUUGCCGGAUGUGCCGCCGCUGAGGGCGACGAAGGCGAAGGAGCACAGAGUUGUGUCGGAGUUCCAGAGCGAGAUCGUCGAGAUGGCGGCUAUUCUCAACGGAGAUCAUCGCCUGACCAAACACGGGGACAAGACCAUCAAGCGAAUGACGGUGAGGGAGGCUGAUGCUUAUGUGAGCCACGCAGUUGCCAGGUUCUUUCGAGCGAGCAAAGAUGCCAUCGAGAAGGGAGCAGACGAAUCAAAGACAGUAGACAUGGCAGCAGCCAAGCAUGGUUGAUGGAAGGUUACAUGUUCUUGUAGUGGAGAUGAUGAGACUCAAGCAAUAAUCUUGUAGCUAGCAACAAGUGCUUGUUAUAUAGACAGUACAAGUUUGCUUUCAGUGAUCCAAUGACAGCGAGUAGUUAGCAGAAAUGCUUGAUGAACUCAGUAAUCUUAACCUCAAGAACCUUAAUGCAUCUUGACAUCCAUCAUGGUGCUUGUUGUAUGAAGGUGAGCUUGGAGAUUAAAUUCAGAAGCUCCCUUGUCAUUUGCUUCACUGCUUCCUACUUACUGCGACUGAGAGGGAGUAGCAGAAGAGUGCGUUAACGCCAGUUUUGCUUUUAGCAGUCCUUGGGCGACAUGGGUGAGGUAUCAGGAUCACUCUUUUUACGGAUUUCUUAUUGGUUUUGGAUUGUUUUUUGCUGAUGAUUGCAGAAAGAUCUAAUCUUGAGCAAGAGGAGAAGCAGCUAGAGGAGGACGGGAAGAAAGAGUGGCGACCGGAGUAGGAGGAGGAGAAGGGAAAGAACGAUGGAAUUGGUGACGGGAAAAAGGAAGAAGAGAAGGUGGCAGAGAAGCCACCGCCUACCCCGCCGGAAAAAUGUCGACAUGCAUUGUGAGGGAUGUGAGAGGAAGGUGCGGCGGUGCCUCAAUGGCUUACAAAGCAUAGAGAGAUCCGUAAAAAAAUCGAUGUUUGAUGUGUAUUUGGUCAGGUUUUUAAAAAUUGAUCCUAGAAUUGGAUCUUUUUGUGUUUGUUUGGAUCGGAAGGUGCUGAAGAGGUGGUGGCGGACAGCCGCACGCACCGUGUGGCGGUGAAGGGGAGGAAGGCCGCGGAGGAUCCGAUGAAGUGGUGGAGAGAGUCCAGAAGAAGAACGGAAGGAAAGUGGAACUGCUCAGCCCCCUGCCGCCACCGCCGCAGCCGGAGAACAAGGAACAGGAGAAGCGAAGUGAGGAGAAGCACAAAGCAGAGGAGGAGAAGGAGGUGCGACAACCAAACCUACCUCUUCCUAAUUGUCUUCUCGGUCCUCUUCAAAACCUCUGCUUUUAUUUGAUGCAAGGCAGCCGCAAGUGAUCCUUGUUGUGCUCAGAGUCUACCUGCACAGCGACGCCUUCACCCAAAGAUCAAGAAAAGGAUUCUGAGGAUGAAAGGUUACACCUUUAAUUAGACUCCCUCAAAGGAUCCUGCGAGAACCAAACCUACCUCUUCUUCCCAAUCGUCUUAUUAUCAGUCUCUGCUUGUUUUGAACAUAUUUUGUAUUAAGGAGACUGAGAUGAAAGAUUACAUCUUUACAUCCUUCUCUUUAUCAUUAAUCGUUCGAAUUAGUUCAUGUAAGACUCGAGAUUCUGAUCCAAAGCUUCGAUCUUUUCCGUUUGAUUCGGAAUGUAGCAAGAAAGGUGGGAUCUUUUUGGUGGAAACGGGGGUGCAGACGGCGGAGCCGGCCCUGAAGAGCUCGGAGGUGACGGUGAAGGGCGUGUUCGACUCGGCGAGCCUGGUGGCGUACGUCCACAAGCGGCAAGCGGCGGUGGUGAAGCAGGAGACAGAGGAGAACACCAAGGCGGCGGAGAAAGAGAAGAAGGCGGAGACGGAGAAUGGUUUGCCGUUCGAUCAGUGAGCCCUUCCAAAUCAUUGACUAAUGCUUGGUGGGGGUUCAACAGGCUGCUCAGCUUGGAUUGUGGUCCUCAGGAUCAGAACACAAAUGAUUUCUUGCAGAUAAGCAUGGAUGAGGGUAUCUCCAUUUGUGUU